GCGAAGCUGGCGGGCGAGCACUCACGCCCGGAGCCGCCGCCGCGCGUGCGCGCCCACACACCGAGCGAGGCAGCCCGAGCCGCUGCAAUAGUCCGAGCGGGAGCUGCAGCUGCAGCUUCUUCGAGCAGCAUGACAGGCGGGGAGCCCGGCAGCUCCAGGCGCUGAGCCCGUCACCGUCGCCUCCAGCAGCCGGCCCAGGUGAAGUCCUGCUGAUUCCCUACCAAGAUGCCGUUGGUGAAGAGGAACAUCGAGCCUCGGCACCUGUGCCGAGGAGCCCUUCCCGAUGGGGUUACCAGCGAGCUGGAAUGUGUGACCAACAGCACCUUAGCUGCCAUCAUUAAGCAGCUGGGAAGUCUCAGCAGACAUGCUGAAGACAUUUUUGGAGAACUGUUCAAUGAAGCCAAUAGUUUCUACAUGCGGAUGAACUCCCUGCAGGAGCGAGUGGAUCUUCUGGUGAUCAAGGUCACCCAGUUGGACUCCACUGUGGAAGAAGUCUCACUGCAGGAUAUCAACAUGCGGAAAGCAUUCAAGAGCUCUACCAUUCAGAACCAGCAGGUGGUGUCUCGCAAUUCCAUCCCUAACCCGGUGAUGGAGAUGUACCAGCGCUGUGAUAAACCUCCACCACUCAACAUCCUCACGCCAUACAGAGAUGACAAGAAAGAUGGUUUGAAGUUCUACACUGACCCUUCGUAUUUCUUCAACCUUUGGAAAGAGAAGAUGCUGCAGGCAACAGAGGACAAAAGGAAAGAGAAACGGAGGCAAAAGGAGCAGCGUCUGGUUGAGGACUCCACCCGGGAAGUGAAGAAAGUGAGGAAAGCGCGCAACCGGCGGCUGGAGUGGAACAUGAUGGCCUAUGACAAAGAGUUCCGCCCCGAUAACAGGUUCUCACCAUCUCCAUAUCACAUGGCCUCAUCGGAAGGAUCACUGUCCCCAGAUAAUAGAUCUUAUGCGUCAGAUGCAGCUGAUCACUCAUACCCAGCCAGUCCUAACCAUCCUGCCCAGCAGAUAUUAGGUCCAGCGUCACACCUGUCAACAGACAACAAAGAGGUUAUCCUGGUGGCUAACCAGGGCCAGGAACAUCUCUACAGGCCCUCAGCGGCAGGGAGCCGGCAGAACAGUCUCAACCGGGUCCAACAGCCCCAUGUGCCACAGCCACCAGAGACUAUGCUAAAUGGACCGAGACCUCAGAUAAUCAAGGAUUAUGGCCCCCAGCAGGUGCCGAUGGCUGAGUAUUUCGUGCCUCCUGCUCCUCCUCCCCCUCCCCCAGUCAUACCCUCUGCUCAAACUGCCUUUGACAGCCCUAUCUCUGCCCCUCCCACCAUGGUGCCGAAUGCGGCCGCGGCCGCCACCGCCACUCACUCAUCUUAUGCACCUUCCCCUCCUCCUGCCCCACCUUGUCCUUACUCUGCUUCUCCCCCUCAGUCCGGCCCCAUGGGGCCUCCUGUUGCCCCUCCCCCCCCUCCUCCCGGCCCCCCAAUGAUCACCACCUCCCCGGCUCACUCGGCAUCUCCCCCGGGUGUUACAGUUGAACCGCGGAAGCCUCAGUGCCCUCUGAUCCCAAUGAGUGAUGCCAGGAGCGAUCUGCUUGCUGCAAUUCGCAGAGGAAUUCAACUCCGAAAGGUGCAAGAACAGUGGGAGCAAGAGGCAAAGAAAGAGCCGGUGGGCAAUGAUGUUGCCACGAUCCUCUCCCGCAGGAUCGCCGUUGAGUACAGUGAAUCGGAUGACGACUCAGAGUUGGACGAGAACGAGUGGUCAGAUUGAGAAGGGGCAGAGCACUGCCUUGGAGAGGGGUCUCCCAAGUUCUUUUUGCCACCUUUCCACAGCCAGGUGUGUGCGUAUGUGUGAAUGGGUGACCCUGCAGGUAAAUUCCAGCUGCUGACGGCAGCUUGUGUUCAAGGAGCUUUGCUUUCGUGCCCUGUUGCACUGUUGAAAUUUUUUUAAGGUGGCCUCUUUGUGGGCAAGUGUGCAUUAGUGACUCUUGUCUUUUGAAAAGCGUCGGUGCUGGGAGAACCAGCUACUCACCAGUUUUCCUAGUGAAAAUGACGUUUGAAUCUGAAUGUGCUGCAAAAGCAAAACAAACUACAGCAGCCCAAUUCUGGGUCCAUUGUCAGUGGAGUCUCAGAGUUAAUGUGCAGAUUUAGGGAGCAAUCAAAUGUGAGGGACAAUGCUGAUGUUUUGAGGCUUAUUUAACAAGAUGCACUUACCAUGCUCCUGAUUAUGAGUGGGAAGCCUUCUUUCUGUGGAAGAUACAGCUGUGUGGUGGCUUCAUGGGUUAGAAGAAUGUUUCCUUGCUCAUAAAGUUUCCUCCAUUGCUGAACAUUCUAGAGACACGUUCCAGAGAGAUAGCCAUGUUAGUCUGUUGCAGCAAAAGCAGUGGAGUCCUAUGGCACUUUAAAUGAUCAAAGUGUAAGCUUUGAUGGACCCAAGGCCACUUUUGUCACAUGCAUGGGUAGUCACUUAAGAGGGUAGGGAUCCUGAAGACAGAGGGAACAAAUAAAAAAUGUGGUUGGCAGCUACAAAGGUGUGGAGAUAGCUGUAAGUGUCUGCCAGCACUGUGCAGACCGUAAAUAAAUACCAGAUCCAAUCAGAUGAAUAUAAGACAUCAUAUAAGACAACCUUUUGACGACAUGUUGUGAGGAAAAACCCCACGUCUGUACUAAGGGACCUAUACACAUAUACCCAUGUAGGUGAUCAUAUCGUGUAUGACAAAGUGGACCCUGGCCCACUAAAGCAUUGUGACAUCAUCAUUAUUUUGCAUGUUAGGGAUCAGUUUCACCUGGACUCGUUUAUUUUGUAUUCCUGCUUGUAGAUUUCAGGAAGUUGCAAUGGAGUAAAUUGGGUGGUUUUUUUAAAUAACAAUUGCAAAGAACUAUAAAUUAAAAUAAAACCACACGUGAAUACAUAGAUCCAUCAAGGCUGCAGUAGGAACAUUCUGAUUUAAGCUACCUACUCUCAUUUACAAUUUUUAAAAGUUCAAAUCACUGACAUAACAGGAUAGUUUGCCAACUGUCUUCUGUCCUUCUCUGAGCCAUAUGAAUAAAUG